AGAGCCCGCAUCCUAAGUUUGCAUCUUUCCAGACCCAGACAUAUUUGCAAUGCAUACAAAUGCCUCGCUUGGUCGAUGUAGUGCGGGCAGUUGUCUGUUUGCAGACAUCUCCAUUACGGCGUCUUGGUCUUCAUCGCGACAAGCCUUGUCGAUGAACGGGUCUUCAUCGUGUGGAGGUACUCAGCAACAGCCAAAACGGGGAGGUGGACGCACUUGCGCCAAGCGAACCUUUUCAUUCGAGUCGCUAUCAAAUUCGAAGAAUCUCCACUCCUUGAUGUUGGAAGAGCUCUCAUCCAGUACUCUUAGUGAUUUACUUAUUCAAUAACACGUAGUGUAGCAGUAGCUGUAGUAAAUGCUUCGUUCAUGCGAAAGUAAUAUCGGUACUUUGCAGAAAUUGAAAAAGAAAAGGGAACAAUUACUACAUGAUGAACAUUUUUGUCAUGAUAUGAACGGGACAACAAGAAGCCGAUACCUAGGUGCGAACUUUCGAGCGCGAAAAUAUACUUCUUCUACGAAAUACUUCGUCGCAUUCCAGGUAAGAAGCGCAACCCUUUCCCUUCGGCCGUGGAUGGGUUGGUAUUUGCAGUGAACGAAGACCCCAGUAGCUGCGAAACGGCGAAGACAGAGUGCAUUUGAUUAUACUCGUUGCAAUUUUUCUUAUUCUGUUCGCAAAGUGCUUGUAUAAAGACACAGAAGAGCACCUAGAGCAACCGCUUUGUUUCGCGGCAACCCGGCCACCCGGCCAUGCACAUGCUAGCAUUAUUGAUGAACUCACGGUCACGACGAUCUUCGUGAUGGUAUUUGAAACAGUUUUUAUUUUUUCUGAAACGAUUACUUUUACAGUAGCAUCACCAGUGGCACGUCUCCGGAACUGGAUUCUACCAACAGCGACCUCUUCGGUAUCCAGAGCGAGUUCUGCAUGUGAGUCCAACGAACUUCUUGCUCAUAAGCAUGACCGACAAAAACUAAAUUUUCAGUCUUAUGGAUGAGAAACGAAUGUAGAUGCACAUGCAUGCGCGAAAGAGACAACGGCUCUGAAGAAAAAAGUGAACACACAGCAAGACGAGAGUAGCAAGUGUCGAUGGGGCUCGGUCGGAUUUUGACAGGAUACUUCAUUGCAAGCAUAAGAAUGACCUGUUUGAGGGGCGGGCGGAAAUCCAUGGAACGCCGAGUACCGAAGGUACUUAAUCGGAACUGAAGUUGCAACUUCACAGAGGCUAUGAAUUGAAAAAAGGUUGUUCUUUGUUUUUUUUUUUCGUCCAAAGAGAAAGUGCAGUAGACCUACUUGACGACAACUGUGGGGUACUUGAUGAAUGACGUGUGUAUCGCUGUGGAGAUGAUGGAAAUAGGAAGAUCGAUAUAAUCAGCAUGCGGAUAAAUCUUUAACUAAGGACAAAAUCUUCACGAUGAUGAAUGACUGAAUCAUCCACUCAUUAUGACAGGUGGCGGAUGCCCAUAUGGUAAUGAAUAAAGCCGCGAUGAAUAAGCUUAGUUCGCUUUCUUAGCUCACUGAUCGAUGAUGUAUCGUCAAUAACACAUAGGCCCAAAGUGCGCGUGGUUGUCAGAGCGGCCAGCGGUGCUUCUCGAGAACAAGCGAGAGCAACUUACUUCAACCAUCGUUUUCCCGACUGAUUUCAUGGAUAAGGAAGACUAUGCGUUGUAAUUUUAUUUUUGCAUUUGCGGUCCUUUGGAGCGAGCACGUGACCACUCGUCGCGUCGCGAGUUUAAGAAAGAGCAAAAGCGAUUCGUGAUGUUUCCUUUCCAAAACAAAGAGCGAGGAGCGCAGAUUGGUUCACCAGCGAUUGCCAACACAGUCGGGGCGGGACCUGUGGGGCCGGGGAGUACGACGUGCCUAGACCACAGCCAUAUCGGUGACGAAAACAGCACCAGCAUCAUGAUGAACGGGUCGGCCCAAGAUUUGCGUGACUGUGAUGAUGAACCUGUGGAAGUCGUAGACCACAACGACAAGUGUGAAGACGAGCAACUUCACUGGGCUGAAGACAGCAACGUCGCCGGCUCCGCGGCUACUGAGGACCAGGACCGACCGUUGGAAAAUGAACCCUCCUUGUCAACGCACGAUGUUGGUGCAGCUGUUCCCGGUGUAGGAGAAGCAGAUGUUGAAGAUGGGGAACGACAGCCGGAGUUUGAUAGUGCACUGGCGAGAAAAGGAGGUGUUUGCAGUGAAGAUGAUCUGGUCGCGCAGAAUGUUCAUGAGGAGGAAGUCGUCGCGACAACAUCCCCUUCUAAGGUUAUAAGUGCCGCGACAUCUACUGUUCCUGUCAGCAGCAGUGGCGAAAUAAAUGCUGUGCAACCUACAGCACCUGCUGUAAUCGCAGCUCCCCUCGCCGCCCUCGCGCCAAGCAGUGAGACCGCGCCUCCGCUGGGGGCAGGAGGCCUCAUUUCCUAUCGCCUGAAAAUUAACCAUCCCCAUCCACUUUUUGCAUGGCAAACACACUUUUUACUACAUGUUUUGCAUGACAAAUUGGAUGGGGAUGGUUAAUUUUCAGGGAAUAUCUCCGUGGAGGACCUGAUGAAGUCCCCGCCCGUUGUAUGAAAGUGAAACAAUAGCUGCAAACAGUCCAUCACUAUCAGAUUCAGGAAAAACAAAUAUUCUUUUGUUCUUGAUCUGAGCAUGUAGCAUGUGCAAGUGCAUGUUGAGAGCAAAGAAACGCCUGCAUGUAUCAGCUCUAUAAUCGGUUCUUCUUCUUUAUCUUUAUAAUUUUCGAAAAUGAUGGGCAUGGGUGAAAAUCAUAGAAAGAUAUAGAGACGAAGAGUGACAUGAAUAUAUAAUUAAAGGUGAUAGGACGUUUUGUGUCUUUCUAUACCCGGUGCAGCGUCCACCUGCAGCCGGGCCAACCGCUUCACCGGAGUCCCGAUCGCCGCAGAGUAAGCGCGCGAGGCUGAUCCAGUCCACAGGGGUCCUGCCACCACCCCCGCGGCGGUCGAAAAACACAACGGGAACCUCCGUCGUUUCGAACGCGUCGUCUUCGCCACUGCUGCAGCCGCUUCCAGGCGCCGCUAGCCGAACAUCUCCAACCACUACGGCGGAGUCCUCCCCCAAUACGGAGAGCGUGUUGACAAGUGAUGAUAACAAUAAUGGCACCACGACAGCGACCUCAGAGAGUGCAGGAACAGGAGCGACGGCAACGAAGCCUGGCACUAGUACUAGUGCAGGAGAGGUGGAUAGUACUGGAGGAGCAAAGGUUGAUGGAGUUGUUGGCGCAGCAGCAGCUGGUGGAACGAACAAACGAAGUAGCACCGAAGCUGGACCGGCAAGCGGCGCCAACAAAAAAUCCGCCGGGGCUGCUGGACGCGGCAGUGGCACGACAGCCGCCGUUUCGUCUAACGGCGUGUGCAAGCCCCCCGGCCCCGCUGGAGUUGAUCAGCAGAACGGCUCCGCUCAUGCGACUGGUGGUUCCGCGAACAGCGGAUCUGGCGCGCAUACCAAAGAUGCGCGGGCGACCUGGUACCAAAAUCGACACGGGUCGUACGGUAUCCUGUGCAGAAGUAUCGUAGCCGUAGUAAUUGCGUAUGAUCUAACGUGCAGCUGCAUGACAGACCUGAAUCUGCACAGACCACCUGAGUAAGUGUAGUAAUGCAAAACGAGUGCGAUGCUUUCUUUGCAAUGCAUAUGCGGCAACCACAGCGCCGGCUACGGCUACGGAACCUACCACGGUCACGGGGGGUACGGUCAUUACAACGGCGGCGGUAGUAACGGCCCCUCGGGAGCGACUCGGGCACACAACUUGAGUGGUCCCGGAAUGCACUACUACCAAACGGGCCCGCCACCAAGGUCGCGGUACAAUCCUGAAGAGCGGUGGUCCCAGCUUGCGGCCGAAGGGAAAAUCGGAUACCUGCAUUACAACAGCAAGGGAAACCGGGAACAAAUUGAAGCGCAGCCCCCAUGGCAGAUGAAAAACGUCGCGAACGGUACUUCUGGCUACGGGGCCGGCGGCGCUGCGGCGGCGGCCGCUCAUCAGGCCGCGCUCCGCGGAGGAGGUGGAAAGUACGGAAAAUUUCUCGGGAGCGGCAAUCGCCCCGGGCCAUUCUCACACCCGGCCAGUGGGAAAAGCACCUUCCCGUCGUUACAUCAGAUGAUGGAGCACGGCGCGACCAGUGAGAACUAUCGCGGAAAGGGGGACUUCGGCACUGGAAACCCCCGAGCUCCUGGCGCCACCGGAACAGCCGAUCGCGUGGCACCCGGAGCGGUGGGACUCCCUGGUGCGGGGUUCUCGAAUCAUGGUGGACCUGGAUCUUCCUCGAGCUUACACCAGCAAAACAUGGAUAUUCUGACCUCGUUGAUGAAGGGCAAGUCUCACCACCUGUUCGGACAGAUGGGUGGAAACUCCAGUGCGAUCAUCGGGAGCGCGCUUGCUGGUACGCUGUAGUACCAUUUACAUUUAUAUGGCUAAACCGCGAUUGCUUUUGCUGCACACUGUGACUCUGUCUCUGUCUAUGUAGUUUUUGUGGGCAGAACCAGAAACGAGAGACACCAGGCCAGCAUUAAUGUCUAUAUGGGCUCGUCGUGGACUUCUCUUCAAAAUGCACAUACGUUAAUGCAGCCUUCGCCUUACACGGGCAUGACUGUACAGCAAUGAUGAACUAUUAUCAGGAGCUGUUUCUGGUGCUGGGAAUAGUGGUCAUGGUGUCUCAUCGUGGAUGUCUGACUAUGUGUAUGCGUCGAAUCGCGUGCUUUCAGCUCGACGUAUUUCUAAAGAGUUAAACCUUAAGUAUAAAGUUUUGAAGACGAAGAUCCUCAUACAUGCACGCAACUCCUGUGGAAGUCAUCACUGAAGCACUAUGAUCACGGCAUGCGAAAUGAAAGUUGCCUGUUGCCAUAAGAUUGGAAUCCGUCGAGCGCAGAUUUUUGAUGUUUGCAUAAGCGUAAUGACUACCUGAAUGCCAAUCAUUCGAGCGCGGAUAAAGAUCUCUGCAUGGCGCCUGGCGGUGGGAAGGACGAUGAGGUAAUCUUUGCGCAUCCAUCGUUUUUUUUUUCCAAGAAUGGCCGGUAGUGACAGGAGGGAGCAUAAGAGCAAGUGCUGGACGCUUUUGAGUAUUGAUUGGUAAGCUCUAAGGCCGGAGAGAGCACCAGGUCCAAAAACGAUUUAAAAAAUGAUUGCACUACAGUACUCGGAGUCGGAAUGGAAAAACUGGUUGAAUGAGUGGGCCAUUGGGGACGGCAUGUCAACGCAUGGCGCCGUCGCGAGUUCCUCGCCCUGUCGUGCGGCACCUCCGAUGGAGCAUCACCAAGCGCAGCAUCACCACGGGGACACGUCCGCGUCAACCUCAGCGGAUCUGGAUGAGUUGUGGAAGAGUUUGGAACUCAUCCCCGCCCCGCCGACCACGAACGUAGCAUCGUCUUGCUCGUCGUCGUCCACCGCGAAUGGACUCUUGUCCACCUUGCUUGGAGCCGCCACCUCCUCGAACCCCUCGUCCUUGUCCAGCGGAAUAUUAAAUGCGCCGCCCACGACGUCGGGAGCAGGGACUAUUCUAAUGCCGCCCCCUGCUCCGCCAACACUCUUCGCACCCCCGAUGAGCAGCUCAAUGCCACUUUCGAGGUAGUUGUGCCUCUUAUAUGAAUAAGUCCACAUCAACACAAUAUACAGAGAUGAAAAACAACUAGAGGAUCUAGAAUCUAUUGUAUGGUUUACUACUAGUUCAUCCGUGAGAGGGUGUGUGUCGUGAAGCUGCAGAGUCAAAUAGGAACGUUGCUGCACUUUAUUGUCACACGCAUUUGCUUCAGUACGAAUGCUGGUACCACGCAUUUUUAUUUUCUGCUCUUCAGGUCCACAUCCUCGUGCUCCUCCUCUCCCAGCAUGGAUUACUCGCAUUUCAACGGAGGCGGCGGGCCUCCACCUCCAGGAUCCUCGAGUGAUUGGAGAGUCUAG